AUGCAGCAAUAUAAGAAGACGCAAUAUAAAUUGAUUUUGGUAUUGGUUGGAUUGCCAGCUAGGGGGAAAACACAUAUAUCUUACAAAUUAAAUAGAUACUUGAAUUGGAUUGGAUAUAAAAGCGAAAUCUUUUCAAUAAAAGGAGCAUAACAAAAUAAUGAUGGAUUUGAUCAAAAAAUAGAUUAUGAGCUAGAAAUAGAUCCAGCUAAUCAGUAAUUUGUAGAAGUCAGACAACAACUAUCUUAAAUAGCUGCCCAACAACUAGUGCAAUUCUUAUAAAAUGAUGGAGAUAUAGCAUUAUAUAAUGGUUUAACGAGUACUAAGGCUGACAGACAAAAAUUGAAAUCGCUUUUUAAAGAGACACUCAAAUUAGAAUAUCAAACAUUCUGGGUAGAAUCUAUUUGUGAUGAUCCUCAAGUAAUUCUUAAUAAUUUUAAUGAAUCAAAAUUAAGUAGAUUUUAAGAUAAAACAAUUGAAUCAUUUACAAAUCACAUCAAUGUGUUAGCUAAAGAUUAUCAAAGUCUCGAAAACAUUGAAAACCUAUCAUACAUCAAACUAAUAAAUAUUGGCAAACUGGUGAAAGUACAUAUGUUGGAGGGUUAUUUGUGUUCUAAAAUAGUGUCGUUUCUUUUGAAUUUACACGCAAACAAUAGAUAAAUAUAUUUGGUAAGAUCAUGCUAGACAGAAUACCAUUUACUUGAUAAGAUAGGGGGAGAUCCAGAGUUAUCUGCAACUGGAAGAUAACAUAGUCAAUAAUUAGGUGAUUAUUUUAUUGAAGAACUAAAAGGAAAUAAAAAUAUAACAUUUUUUUCAUCUCAAAUGAAAAGAGGAAUCUAAACAGCUGAAAUAGUUGGAGAAAAAUUAGGAAUAAAAGCAUUAAAAACAAAAAAUUUAGAUGAGAUUGAUUACGGCAUAUGCGAUGGUUUGACAGUUAAAGAAAUAGCAGCUAAAUAUCCAAAAUAGAUCAAAGAAAGGAAAGCUAAUCCCCUUGAAUUUAAAUAUCCUCGUGGUGAAUCAUUCUUAGAUGUAAUACAUAGAGUAGAACCUAUAAUCUAUGAAAUCGAAAGAUCCAGAGAACCUGUUCUGAUUAUAGCACAUGUUGCUGUUUUGAAAUGUUUAUAUGCUUAUUAUCAUUGUAAUUAGAUAAGUGAAAUACCCAAUAUCGAUAUUCCAAUCAAUUGUGUCAUUAAAUUAGUACCUAUACCAUACCAUUGUCUUGAAAGUAGAGUAAUUAUAAAGUGA